AUAAUAUAAUGUGUGAGUGUGCUCCCUGGUGAUAGAACUCCAUUUGCCUGUAAAGCGCUGCCUCUGCAGCUGCACUUCCGCUCCGCGAGAGAGGAGAGACACGAGUCUAAGAAGCGGUCACAGACACAAAGAGAGGUUUAUUUUUUUCUUUUUGUGGUCGGUAUGUCGGAUGACGAUUCGAGGGCCAGCGCAAGCUCUAAUUCAUCCUCAUCCUCAAAUCAACACCAAAAGGAGAAAGAAAUAGUCACGAAGAAAAAGGAAAGUAAAGUCAGCAUGAACAAAACCUCCAAACUGCUUUCUACCAGCGCAAAGAGAAUCCAGAAGGAGUUGGCUGAUAUCACAUUGGACCCUCCGCCCAACUGCAGUGCCGGUCCUAAGGGAGAUAACAUCUAUGAAUGGAGGUCGACAAUCUUGGGCCCCCCUGGGUCAGUGUACGAGGGAGGCGUCUUCUUCCUGGACAUCACAUUCACACCUGACUACCCUUUCAAACCUCCCAAGGUGACCUUCAGGACAAGAAUCUACCACUGUAAUAUUAACAGCCAGGGAGUGAUCUGCCUGGAUAUCCUAAAAGACAACUGGAGCCCAGCACUGACAAUCGCCAAGGUUCUCUUAUCGAUCUGCUCGCUCCUUACAGACUGUAACCCUGCUGAUCCACUCGUUGGAAGCAUUGCUACUCAAUACAUGACCAACAGAGCAGAGCACGACCGAAUAGCCAGACAGUGGACCAAAAGAUAUGCCACAUAAUUUAUAGCUGUCUAUUCCUGUUUUACUUGUAAUGAAUGGAGCUGCUUUUGAUUUGGGGCGGGGGGUUGUAGGGGUUUUGGUGGGUAUUUCUAUUGCAGAUUUUAUUCAGUCUUUUUUUAUUUCCUGAGAAUGUUUUGCUGUUGUAAGUUAAGGUAUUUUGGGUCAAAAAAUAAAUAAAUGGCAAUACGUAUUUAAGUGGUUAUAUAUAUUUUUAAAUGGUUAUUUGUGGCUGCAAUAUUAGCAUUCUACAUUAUUUCAACUGCUUGUAAAAGGUAAAUGGCAUGUUUUCCCCUCAAACUUCAGUUUUCAGUGUGAAACUUCAAUAAAGUCUUGACACCAA